AUGGACCAAGCCAAAUCUGCCAGCGAGCAGCAAGACAUGCUUCAUAUCUUAGUGACAGGAGCCAAUAGCGGUCUCGGGUUCUCUAUAUGUUGCCGCCUUGCCGAUGAAUUCCUCUCCUCUCACCCAGAAUCCGAAUCUCUCACUAUAAUAUUUACAACACGAAGCGCGCGUAAAGCUCAAGAUACUAUCCGCAGACUAGAAUCGCAUCUCAAAUCCUCUGCGCCCUCUGCAGCAGCCGCAGCGCGCGUGCACUUCGUCUCAGAGAGUGUCGACCUCGGCGAUCUGCGCUCAGUGCGCGAACUAUCCCGCAAACUAGUCCACACCCUUCCCCGACUUGACUCAAUCGUACUCAACGCCGGUCUGGGCGGCUGGUCAGGCAUCAGCUGGCCCCGGGCCAUCUGGGACGUCUGCACCGAUCUCCUGCACGCAGUGACCUGGCCGUCCUACAAACUCGCACCGACAGGCGUUCUGACCGAAAAACAAACCAAAACCGAAGAAGAACCGGCACUCGGAGCAGUCUUUUGCGCAAAUGUCUUCGGACACUACAUGCUGGCACACAACCUGGCUCCAUUACUGAAGCGGGCACGCACGAACGGGCCCGGGCGUGUAGUCUGGGUCUCCAGUCUGGAGGCGACUUGGAAUUUCUUCAAGAUCGAUGAUAUCCAGGGGUUGCGCACUAAUGCGCCGUAUGAAUCAUCCAAGGCUCUCACUGAUAUCCUGGCGCUCACUUCCAACUUGCCGAGUACUGCGCCCUGGGCGGUGGAUAGCUUCUUGCAGUCUGAGACUGAGCUUGAUACACAUGCUAUCCAUACAGAUGCCCCCUCUGCGACUCCGCGCAUGUAUCUCUCCCACCCUGGUAUCUGCGCUACGUCCAUCAUCCCGCUUAUCCUUCCCCUUGCGUGGGCCAUGAUUUCUGCAUUCUGGAUUGCGAGAAUGCUGGGCUCACCCUGGCACCCAUUGUCCACCUACCUCGGUGCUUGCGCCCCGGUCUUCCUCGCAUUGGCUUCGCAGGCCGACGUCGAAGCUGCCGAGGAGCCCUACCACCGGGCUGGUGGCGGCCGGGCGAAAUGGGGCUCUUCUUGUGGGCGUCGUGGAAUUGAAUACGCGGCUUCUACUGAGACCGAUGGCUGGGGACAUGGAGGUGUUGUUGGAACUCCUGUUGUCGAAGCCGAUCGGCUUCGCCGUCGUAAGCGCGGAGCGGAGGACCUUACCAAGGAACAGAGGGAAGAGUUCGAGGAGCUUGGACGUCAGUGUUGGAAGCAGAUGGAGGACUUGCGAAUUCAAUGGGAUGAUAUCCUGGAUCAAGCUGAAGCUAGUUCCAAGUGA